UAAAAUAUAUAAUUGAAUUAAUAAAAUAUACAAUUAAAUUGAAAUGAUAAGAACUUGGUAUCCAUUUUACAAAUCAGUAAUAUCUUGUUUACAAGUACAGAGUAUUUUGAGAUACAACACUAGUGAUAAAUUAAAAUUUUUCACACAUUUUCGGAUUCCCACAAAUUUGAAAUAUUUUAAUACAACAGCAUCAAUUAUUCCAUCAACACAAGUUAACAUGAGUGUAUUUAAGUUCCUUGAUUACAACUGUAUUGGAUUUGACUUGGACAAUACACUUUUGCAUUAUAAUGUGACAAACAUGGUACAUUUGAUAUAUGGAACUUUAGCUAAUUAUUUAGUAACAGAAAGAGGCUAUGACUCUAAAUAUUUAUUAAAACCAUUAGAAGAUAAAGACAUAGACUUUAUUCAGAAAGGAUUAGUUUUAGAUUUUGAAAGAGGAAAUAUACUUAAAAUAAAUGCUAAUGGUAUAAUUCAAAGAGCAUGUCAUGGAACUAAUUUAUUAAGUAUUGAAAAGAUUAAAGAGAUAUACCCCGAACAGAGAUGGGAGGCUACAGAUGCUUUUUGUAAUGACAUGUUAUCUACAUGGAAUGGCCCUUUAUCAAUGAAAAUGAGAAGUUUAUUAGAUAAUUUUGAUAUUUCCUUAUCUCUUAUUUUUGCAAGGUUAAUAGAUGCAUUUGAUAAAGAACAAGGAGGCCCUCUUAAUGAAUAUAAUAUUUGGCCUGAUAUGUUAGAUGGAUUGAUUGAAAUGUUUAACAGAGAUCAUUUUAAGAUAGGCAAAGGCCACUUUUUUCCUAGUCUCAGGGAGAAUCCUGAUAAAUAUAUGUAUAAAUGUACUGCAAGAACUAUCACUUGGCUUCAGGAAUUAAAAAAACAUUGUACUACUUUUCUUAUUACUGGAUCAAAUGUAGAUUUUGCUGAUUUCACUGCUACUUAUGCUCUUGGAGAAGAUUGGCAAUCUCUAUUUGAUAUUGUUAUUUGUUAUGCAAAAAAACCUGCCUUUUUUACUGAAAAACGUCCAUUUUUUAAUAUUGUAAAUAAAGAAGAAGGUAAUAUCAUAGAAAGCAAAGAUUUAAAACGAGGUGGUAUAUAUAGCCAAGGUAAUUGGAAAGAACUUACUGAAUUUCUUGAAAAUAUAUCUGGCAGACAAAAUCCUCGUUAUUUGUACAUAGGUGAUAAUCUUUUACAAGAUAUUUAUGUACCAAAUUCAUAUGUACAAUGUGAUACAGUGGCUGUAAUCGAGGAACAAAUGUCUGAAGGAAUGGUUCAGCAAAAAUUAUCACAUCCAGAUGAGAAAGUGUUAAAUUCAACACUUUGGGGCUCAUAUUUUUGUUUAAAAGAUGCUAAAAUUAAUAUGAACUCAUUAUGGGGACAUGUUAUUAAAAAAUAUUCAAAACUUUGCAUACCUGAAAUAGGUUUAAUAGCCCAACAGCCAUUAGAAAAAUCUUAUUUGUGUUUUAAUGACGAAAAAUAUAAUGGAUAUUAUCCUGCAGUACCACUUAGUAUAUCUGCAUUUUAAAUUUACAAGUUAAUCACAUGUGAUAAAUAUACUUUUUGUUAAUCAGUAAAAGAGAAUUUUAUAGUCUUAUGUUACAUCAUACGUUAUAAUAUUGUUUGUAAUGUAUUCUUAAUUUAAGAUAC